CGGCCAUAAACAACUUGCUUGAUGAAAACGAAGAGAGAUGGGGUUUGUGGUUUGACCGGAUUUAUUUGCUGUGAUUACUUGCGUUUGAAAUAGAGGAGACUUUCAAGAUGGUCAAGACACUUUGUAUUUGUCAGAUUUGUACGUGUGGGAGGCAUCGAUGCGCCCACAGACCCGAAGCAAAGACUCCAGUUCAUCCAUGUCGAUUUACAGAGUAUCAAGAUCGCUACAAGAGACAUCCUCUCGACCGCAGAUUGCCGUUCAAACCAGAAUACACGGUCAAAAACUCGUCCCAGCCGAUGGACGAAAAAACAAAUUAUUCGACUGAUUAUGUCCCACAUUCGUAUGCUCCUCCGACAAAACGCGAAAAGGCCCCGUACAUAAGGCCGCAAGGGCAGAUGGCUGGUGAAAGCAGCUACAAACAUGACUAUCCCGGAACCGUGGUCCCUCCCGCUACAUCUGCCAAGCCACUAGCAACGUUUCAUGCUCAUGAGAGUCCGUUUGACGGCAGUACAGUCCAUCAAGAUACUUACAGGCCUUGGGAUUUGAGGCUGUGCAAGAUGGAAAGUAUGAAACCAGAUGCCAUGCCAGCGGCUCGAGAUGGCAAAAUGAAUGGUAAAACCAUCUUUCAAACCGACUACCCUGGAUACUAUUUGGGAAGACGUCCACAGAUCCGGCCGCCAGACUCAGAAAUCCGUGUGAAUAAGGGUCCUAUGGAGAGUGACACAACUACUAGGCUUGAUUACACUAGAAAACAGGUUCUCCCAGCUGAAUCAGCCAAACCUGUUGAGAAACGCCCCAAUACCAGCCAACCUUUCAAAGGAAAUACCACAUUUAUGGAUGAUUUUGCCUACAGAGGUGGCAGGCCUGCUUCUAGUUUCAAGCCAAUUCAGGAUGUCAUCAAGUCAAAUAAGCCAUUUGAAGGAGACACUACCACAGGUGUGACCUAUAGGCGCUGGGCGAUUCCCAAGCGAGAAGUACGAGCAAAGGAAGCCUACAGACCACCAACAGCCAAGUUUUUAACCAACACCACUUUUCAGCAUGAUUACCCAAAGUGGGACAUACCACCAGCUGAAAGUGCCAAACCUCCAGUCACGUCAUUUACAUCUGGCAAGCCUUUUGAGGAUAGUACAACACAUAAAGAUGCAUUCAAGGCAUGGGAAUUACAAGGAACUCAAAGGAGUGGCCGACCCGAUGAAUACAGACCACCAUCUGGGAAAUUCCAUGGUGAAUCCACAAUGCGAAGUCACUAUAGAGGGCAGUAUGUACCUCCAGCCAAACCUGCCCGUCACGAUGCCCACAGGCCAAUGAGUGGGGAGAUGACAAUGAAUACAACCUACAAAGACACCUUCACUGGCGAACGACCUCAUAGUUGUCCUGCACAGGGAAUCCAGCAGUGGCAACCAGGCCCACAGAGAGGGUACUUCUACAGUCAUGAUAAUCGGGGUCACAGUUUCUAUAUGCCACUUUCUGAAACUGUGCAACCCCUUACUUUAACAGCUUAGAUUUGUACCACCAGCCAAAACUGAAUUCAAUUUUCAUGUGAUCAAAAUUGUUCUUUAUUCUGUCUGUUGCUGUUUUUUUAUUUUUUUAUUUUUUUUUCGGUCAACAAGUGAACUUCUGUAGGAUUUGCUGUUGGUUCAAAUUAUUUAAUUAAGAAAAAUAAAUUUCUAAGAUGUAAGUAAAUGUAUGGUGCAAGAAAAGCAAAAUCAUGGAAUAUCUUUCACAUAGCACUUACAAUAUUUUAAUGUGAAUUUUUUUCUUUAAUUAUAAACUGCUUUCAUAGCAGCUUAGCAGUAGAAAAACAUAAAAUUUGAAUUAUAAUUUAACGUUGCCACAAAAUGAACACCCUUACUGUUUAAUCCAAGCACCUAAAUAUUCCAAAAAAAAUUAUGUGUACACUGUAUGUUAAAUUUGUUGCCAAGGGAAACAAAGUGGUGAUAUGAAACACAGCUGAAUCUUUGUAUUUGCUUUCAGCUGUUCAGGUAAUGGAGGCCCUAUAAUUGUUUUUAUGUAAAUGAGCUUUCUCAUUUCCUAGAAAUUUUCAAUUUGAAGGUUCAGUGGUAUCAGUUAGUGUUUGCACUGACUGUGCAUGCAACAGUGUUGAUGCCAGUAGAUAAAUACUACAUGUACAAGUCUUUCAAGUAUAACAAAGUCUCAAUCUGUACUGAGGUUUUCUAGUUUGUGGCUAUAUUCCCCACUCUAAUCUGUAUAUUACCAUUAGAUUUUUAAUUUAAUGUUUUAAGUUUCCUCUAACAGUAUAAGGUAAUAGUUUAGUGACACUUGCUUAUAACGUUUUCAUUUUCAUGGGCAUAAAAUGACCUUAUUAUCCAAAAAAAAAAAAUACAUACAUUACUUGUUCCUGGACUUUAAGUGCCAUUAGGAUCAUUUUAUCUUAAAACUCCAUGAUCUAUUACCUGACUCAUUAGCAAGAGCUUUUUUCUUAUUCAAACCAUGCUCUUUUACAACAAUACAAUAAUUGUAGUUAGUUGAUUUAAUAGAAGUAUUCCUUAAGACUCAUCAGAUGUUACAUAGAGAUAAAUUUCCAUGCUGGUCACCUGCAUAUAUUCUUUUGCAAAAAAAAAUAUGAAGUUCUGCAUACUACAUCCCUAAAAGGCAGAUUUUACAAUGAUCAUGAAAGUGGACUGAUGUUUUCCAAGGAAAUAUUUGGGAUUUGAAGUUUGAAAAAUUGGAUAUAUGAUGUAUGUAGGUGACCCAUCCAUCAUUACAUAAUAAGAAGUUAGGCACUUUUUUUUUGUCCAGUGAUCAAGAUAAAUAUUCUCCUUGCUGUUUCAAGUACUCACUUUUACUUGUCUUACAAGACUUCAGUGGUAUUUGUCGUAUUGGAACACGUUUAAGUCUUAUUGUGUCCUUAAUUCUUGUUAUUCCUAUCUGUCCUAGGAGAAAACAGCUGAUGAUCAAUUUUUAUUUUGUGGAAAAUAGUUUAAUUGGCUUUGAGUGAAAAUAGGAUUUUGAUAUGACGAAAAGCUGUUCAUGUGACAGCAAGGAGAAUUACAUUGCACAACUAGAUUAAUUAAAAUAUUUUGUUAAGAUCUAAGACUAUCCAUUUUACACCUAAAAAUGCAAUCUAUGAAUUAAAGUAUGGUGUAAAUAGUUGUACUCUCAUUUUGUUAUUAGUUGACAAAGAUGUUUGGUCAGGCUUGUGCCACUGGGGAACCAACCACAAUUGAGAUGAUGCAUUCCAUCGAUGACCAGCAAUGGUAUAGGUUGGCUCUCUACAGCCACAUACUAGUAACAGAUUAUGGGUAUUGUUUUGACAAGAACAGUCAUUCAAGAAAAUGGAAAAAAAGUAUCAUCUCAAGAGACAUUGCACAUUCAUGCCAGUUGCAAUGAAAAACCAUUCAUAAGCACUGUUGCUUAGGAGACAGCUGCUGACUUCCUAGACUAUUAGAUUUGCAGUUCAAUUGUAACUCUUAAUAUCUCAAAACUCUAAUGAAUGGAAAAGAAAAUUGUACAAAUCCAUUUUAUUUUUUGAUCAGUCGAAUAAAGUUAAAAAUGCC